GCCGUUUUGGAUGCGGGACGAAGGAUUACAAUCCAAAGAAUAAACUGCUACCAAUACAUUUUCGCUUUAAUUCUGAUUAUCACCGAGCUCUAUCGAUUUGUUUUGAAAAUACAUUGCAUCCUUCGCUGUAAUUAAAGCAUAGUGGCUCCUGUACAGCUGGUUUGACUCAAGUAAAAGCUAAGUUUAUGUGCGGGAAAACGGAGCGCGCGCUCUCGAAAGGAACGUGCCUGUCUCAGCAUUCUCCGACUGACUAAUUGCGGAUAUUGGGCUCGGGUACCAGUACUUCAUUAGCAGUAGCUGACCACCUUAUAUUUUUCGUUUCCUGUGCUGUCUGCCACACUUUUUGCACCAGAUGAUCUUGAAAGAGGGCCAGUGUCCUGGAUUAACUGCUGAAGUGAUACAGGCUUUGAGGACUCAGAACAUCCGAACUGUGGUCGACCUGGUGACAGCAGAUGCAGAGGAGCUAUCAUGUAAAUGUUCACUGUCAUACAAGACACUUGUGGCUAUCAAUCGUGUCCUACUUGCACAAUAUGCUUCAUUUCCUAUAAAUGGAGCUGAUCUUUAUGAUGAGUUACUGAGCUCCACUGCCAUCCUAUCUACUGGAAAUGAGAGUCUUGACAAGCUGUUAGAUUCUGGCCUGUAUACAGGCGAGGUGACAGAAUUAAUCGGAUCACCAGGAAGUGGGAAAACACAGGUCUGCCUUGGUGUGGCAGCAAAUGUGGCAUGUGAGUUAAAGAGAAAUGUUGUCUAUAUCGAUUCAACAGGAGGUCUGUCAGCCUCUCGCCUGUUGGAGAUUGUGAAGUCUAAGGUGUCCACUGCAGAGCAGCAGCUGGAUGCUCUGCGUAGGAUCUAUGUCACAGAAGUUUUUGAUAUAUUUUCCAUGUUGAAGGUGCUUCAAACAUUAAGAACUGGGGGUUUUCCAGAGGUGGGUGAAAAUAGUCCCAGUGGCAGCAGCUCUCUGAAGGCAGUCAUUGUAGAUUCUGUGAGAGCUGUCCUCCUUCCUGUCAUUGGUGGCAACCAGAUAGAAGGAUUGUCACUUAUGAUGCAGCUGGCAGGGGAGUUGCGAAUGAUUUCUCGAGACUUCUGUGUUGCUGUGCUGGUGACAAAUCAUGUGAUACGAGAGAGUAAUGGAGCAGUGAAACCAGGAUUGGGGCGCUCGUGGAGUCAUGUUCCUCGCACACGCAUUCUGCUACAGCAUGUGAAUAGUGAGAUGACAACACAAAAUGGAUUGCGCCGGGCAACCCUAUUGAAGUCAUCCCGACAGCCAUGUCAAAUUUCAGAGGAGUUUUGCCUUGGAUCUUGGAACCAUCACAAAGUUGUUAAAGAAGCCAAAGAAGACAGCAUUCCUGAAGAAGCUCAUUAGGCAGAAUGUUCUGCAUUUGAUUUUUUACCAUCUCAUGAUGUGAUAAAGUAAAUAUUUGUGAGUUAACAUAAACAUGACAUAAUACAGUCAUGUACCUUCACCUUCUAUGUACAAUAACUGACUCCCUUUUGUGAUCUAUAGUAUCAUUGUCGUUGGCAUAUUUUUAAAAAAUAAUUCUAAAGUCACUGAAUACCUGUUUUACUAACUCUGACUAGUAGUGCAAAGUAAAUGGCACAUGGCAGGAUGCAAAGCGUUAGUUUGUUUUACCUGUAAACUUUUCUAGCCACUUUGUUAGUAAGUAAUUCAGUUUGAGGAGAUAGUAUUAUUCAAAACUGCAAAACAGUAAAUGUUUUUUAUAUUGAAAUUAAUUAAAGUUUAUUUUUUUUAACCAA